CGUGUCUGUGUGUGAGAGGAUCCAAAGGUUUCUCUAUAUAGAAAGAUGGUGGACAGCAUAGGCCCUAAUCACUCAAACAAGCAAAGAGGCUUUCGAUCUAAUUAUGCAGUUUCCGGUGGCGGAGGAGGAGACGAAGAGGAGGGCGCGGUGAGGGAGCAGGAGCGGCUCCUCCCCAUCGCGAAUGUCGGGAGGAUCAUGAAGCAGAUCCUCCCGCCCAACGCGAAGAUCUCCAAGGAGGCGAAGGAGACCAUGCAGGAAUGCGUCUCUGAGUUCAUCAGCUUCGUCACCGGCGAGGCCUCCGACAAGUGCCACCGCGAGAAGAGGAAGACCGUCAACGGGGACGACAUCUGCUGGGCUCUCGGGAGCCUGGGAUUCGACGACUACGGGGACUCCCUCAAGAGGUACCUUAUUCGGUAUAGGGAGGCCGAGGGGGAGAGGCUGGCUAAUCAGAACAAGGCGGCUGCGGCCGAGGCCGCCGCCCCCGAGCCGCUGCACUUCAGCUUCGAUCUCAUGGAUAAGAGGAGGAUUUAAUUAGAAAAGUAUGCUUUGAUUAAAUCUGAUUUUUAAUUAAGUAUCUUGUUGCUGCAAAUUACUGUGAUUUUUCUUCUUCUUUUUUAAGUAUUCUGAACCAGUUGGGGCUGUAUGAAUACCUAAAACUUUUCUAAUUUCAUUGCUUACUAA